GUGGAGGCACAGGCAGGGAGCCCAGGCAGUGCUGGGUGAAGGCAGUACAGAGCAGGGGAGGAAUAGCGCUGGGGCAGGAUGCUCUCUGAAAUUAACGAAAAAGUGUGGGUCAGCAUGCUGGGUUCUCUAAUCCAGUGUUUCUGUUCUCAGGAAUAGAAACUGAAAGGGAGAAACACACCCCAGUAAAACAGGACACAGCCUGGGAGGCUGUACUGAAAGCCAUGGCCACUGGCUGGAACAGAGAUCCUGUAUGCAGAGGCAUCACACAGGGGUGGAAGAUACGGCAGAAGGCAUUUGUGAAGAAUUAUGACCCAAGUGUCCUUUCAAGUGUGACUUACCUUCUCUAUGAAAUCAAGUGGAACUAUUGCAGAAGGCGCUGGCAAAGAUGGAUCCGUUGUGCCGGCGGUGAGCAUGCUGAAAAGUACUUCCUGAAAGAUGUCUGUAAAAAGCUAAGAUAUGAUCAUUUUGUCCACUGCUCCAUCACCUGUUACAUGUCCUGGAGUCCCUGUGGGGACUGCUGCAAGAAGAUCAUAGGUUUUCUGGAGAAAAUGCCUAAUUUGAGUCUAGCCAUUUAUGUAGCACGGCUCUACUGGCACAAAGAGGAAAACAAUCGUCAGGGUCUGUGGAGCCUGAUGAACAUCGGCGUGUCCAUCCAAGUCAUGGAUCUCUCAGGUCCAUUUUCCCAGAUUAUGAUGACUGUUGGAGAACAUUUGUCGAUGAUGAGGACAAGUAUGAAGAUGAUUAUUGGCCCAGGCACUUCGCUCCAUGGAUAAUGCUAUAUUCUCUCGAACUCCAGUCCAUCCUUCAGGACAUUCCCUCUUGCUUAACAAUUUCAUCAGGUAGGAACCAGCCUCCAGUUUUCAGCCUACAUGUAAAUAAGAAACAGAAAAGAGCGCUCGCAUCAGCCAAUCCCUGUUAGCCGCCAGUAUCCUGGCCUGGGCAGCCAGCCAGUCUCUGGAAGCCGUGAGUGUCUUGAACCAGCCAUCAGCUGCUAAGCAACAGAAACCAGUUGACAGGAAACAUCACCCUCAUUAAACUCCAGAACUGGGGGAGGGGAAGAGGAUGCAGUGAGGAUGGGUGCAAGAGAGGACUGUUUUGCGAUCACAGCAUGUUUUCUCAGUUGGUGGGUUGCUCUUGCAUGAGCUGAAAGCCCAUUAGAAUGUUUAAUCAUUUCAAUUUGAUUUAGUUACUCGUAGCCAUUUCGUUGCCAUUGCUUCAGCUUGUAGCCUUUUGAAAAGUGAAUCCUGUUUAAAUGUGUAAUGCUGUACAGGUUUCAGAGCGAUAGCCGUGUUAGUCUGUAUCCGCAAAAAGAACGAGGAGUAAAUUUGUUAGUCUCUAAAGUGCCACCAGUACUCCUCGUUCCUAAUUCUGCACAGUGACUGAGUCAUGUUAGCACCUUUGUACGUGUGUAUUCCAUCACAGCUAACACAAGAGUAUCUUGCUUAUUCUGCAGCCGAUGCUGUUUCACCAAGGGAACAUAAAACUAUAAGAUUUGCUUUGUGUAAGCAGUUUAUAAGGAACUAACUCGUUAUGCAAUAACAUAUAUAGAGAGCUUAGAGAGGAUUUAUUUUCUGCGGUUAUUUCUUUGAAUUAUGUUUCUCUUGUAGAUUUCUAGAUAUUACUUUGUGUCAUUUGUCAACAUAACAUUUGAAUAAAAUAUCUAUAAGGAA